CUCUACCUGAUAACAGUCGAUAUGCAGUAAAGAGAUUGGACGCCGCCUGGUACGCUUGAAUCCAGCCCAGGUACCGGGAACAUAUACCUACUUGAACAGGAAAUCGAAGCUCGACAUUUGCACUCAGUGGAAUGGUGUGACAAGUGCUGCAUUGAUGACUAUAUGGGGGUGUUAUGAAUUGGUCAGGAUAGGCAACUAAUAACAGUGAAGGAGCCGGAGGCGACGUGGAGGAAGUGUUUAAAGUCGCAUCAGUUCAGUUAAUAAGGGUUCGUUUGAUAUAGGCUGAGGUUCAGUUGGUACUGAACGAUACGGGCAGUAACAUUUCGCGAGUGUCACAUCUAAAACCGAAUGGUUUGAACCGAACUGUGAUCAUAUUUUCCACUUUGCUGUGAACGAUGAAGAUUCUAGUGUGUACUACAAGUUACCUAACCCUGGCAGUUCUAGUCUGCAGUAGUCCUCUGUACCAUGAAAAGCCUAUAGUAGUGGUGAAUAAAGUGGAUUUCACGGACUCCGGCAUCGACCAAUCACGGCUUAGUAAUUUGAUAGAUAACGACGCACAGCAGCAAAACGCGACGGAAUUGGUUGAUGUGGCGGAAAACGAAAUUAUGGGUGUUGAUGGGCGAAUUAUGGCUGAAAAUGAUGCAUCGGCCGACGAAGAAUCAGCUAGUUUACAUCCGGUAAUCAUUAUAGAUUUCGCGGAAGAUGUGAGUGGAACAAACGAUGUAACCGGGGAGCCACAAGUGAUAACUAAUGAAGAGAGUGAAACUAUGAGCUCUAUCACCGCUUCAACGCUUUUUGAAGUUAGUACAAUCAAUUUAGAAGCUACUACAUUUAGUGAAGAUGGUUCAAACACAGAAUAUUCAUCAACCACUGCUUCGAUAACAGUAACUGAUUCGGAUGAAACAGAAUUAACUAAUGUCGAAAGUGUUACAACCGCAGAACCAGACAUUACUAUCACCACUUCCGCAGUUAGUACAACAGACUUAGCAGUUACUACAAUUAGUGAAGAUGGUUCGAAUACAGAAUAUUCCUCAACCGCUGCUUCGACAGCAGCAACAAAUGUCGAAAGUACCACAAACGCGGAACCAGAGAUUACUACGAACGAGAAUCAUAUUACAACUACUGGUUUGGUGAUAACUACAGAUUCCGAAUCCUCCACGACGACCAAAAUAACUGACGAGAAUUCCCCCAUCAUAGAAACUAGUACAAACCCUUCGGAUAGUACCAACCCGGAAGAUACUACAAUCAGUGGAGUUAGUUCGACUACAGACUAUACAUCGACCGAUGCUUCGGAAAUACCAACUGGAUCGACGGGCGACGAAAGUCCCAUGACUACCACUGGUAGCGAAGAAACUAUAACGACUACCACAGAUAUAAAGGUAACGACUGAUUCCGAACAUUCCAUGUCGACCGAAUUGUCCUCAACUGAUGAAAGUUCGACCACCACUGAAGCUUUUACAGUCACUUCUGAUAGCACUAGUUCCACUGAUACGACUGCCAGUGAAUCAAGUACGACUACAGGUAGUGGUUCGACUGCAAAUUCGGGAACACCGCCAAUCGAGCAACCCUCUACGGGUGGCUCGACUGAAAAUUCUGGAACAUCAACAGUUAAGCCACUCUCUACAGAUAGUUCUGUAAGCACCGAAACUAUCACAACCACUACGGUUGGUUCAAGCCCCGAAGGUACCACAACUUCGACGACUUCCGCACCACGUCCAACAACAACCAGUGCGGUCAGUUCAACAUCCGGAGAUACAACAAGCUCGUCGACAACCGAAAUACGCACGACCACAAUCGUUGUUCCUACGUCUACCACGCCUUCGACUGUGACUACAACAAGCGGUGUAAGUGUAUCAACUACGGAGGUUGCACCGGGAGCUGCAAGUGUCAUCACUAGCAGCGUUCUUUGCAUUCUGUCGAGUGUGCUGUUGCUUAUGUUAAGGAUAGACCACUGAGUGCCGAAGGGGCGAACACGACCAGUAUUCGGAGUGCAUCGUUCCGAUGUUUCCAAAAAACCAGUCAUUGUUAUCUGUUAGUUUCGAUGAAAGAUUCAUUAUUUAUUGCAAAUUAUAUGCAAAAUUCAGAUCAAGAUAUCUAAUAUAUUUACUAGCAUAAAAUGUUCAAUAAAAUAAUAUCUAUUUAAAACAUUGAUCUAUCUCUCAAAUACGUUUUGAGGAUAACAAUUGGUCUGAUAAUCGUAAAUGGGUAACAAUGCUUGUGCAUUCUCAGUAGAACAGGUAAGUGCUAUUCAUUUUGCACUAUAUACACCUAGGGGAAGUGCGAAACUCAUGAAACAUGAAACAACGAUACAACCAAAAAAUGCCAUGCGUCUCCAUAGCUUCUACACACUGCUCUAUUAGGAAGCAUUGAUCAUCGCCCCCAAAGAAAAACGGGUGUGCUUUUUAAGCUUCAAAAACUACUACAGCUCGUUUCCAAUGCUCAGAACACAUGUACUUUUGAUUUCGGGAAGUGUUGCUAGAAUUC